AUGACGUCACCCAGCCAAAAGUAUAUCAUCUGCGGUCCUGGCUGUGAUAAAGAACUCAACCGACAACUUUACUUUUGCCUCACGGCUUCGAUGUCGCCCAUGAGUGAUGAUACUCUAGAGGAGAACAGCAACCACUAUCCUCGCUCGCCACUGUUUGGACCCAGAGAAAAACACGGGUAUCAGUCGUUCAAAUACAAGCAAUAUGCAGAUUUCGCGCAGACCACCUUCAUCGCUGCCACGAUUGCAAGCACCAUCACCCUCUCCAGAGUCCUGGACCCCAAUAGUACACAGGUUCUCCAGGAUGACGGAAUGCUAGCCUGGGCCAGCUCGUUCUUCAUUAUCAGCAUCAUGGGGUCGAUCUUUCUGAUCAUAGAGGCCCUCUGUGUGAGCCUGUUCAUCAUUGUCGGUUUCUAUCUCCUUCUUGCAACUACCACAUUUCGUCGUCAAUAUCCGGCACCCUUUAUAUUUGGAACCGUGUUCUACUGGUUGAUAGUGGUGCUGUUGCUCUGCCUUGUCAUUCAUCUGCUUAGACUUCACUGGGGAGAGCGCGGCAGCAGCAAAGAUUCUUGGGAGCUCUACUGGAAGAGGAGGAUGCGCAACAUGAAGUUGCCUGAUCAUGGUGAUCAGUGA